UGUGCUGUCUUCCAGAGCCAUGGGGAUCGCACAAAGGACCCUGACACUGGGCUGGGUGGCUGCCAUCUUGCUGCUACAGAUGGCCAUGGCAGAGCACCCCAUGUGGAACUUAAAUGGCAAGACGCAGGUAUUCUUAGACCUGACUCCUUUUGAGAUGAAGGCCGUGCACAGCUUCCUGAUGAACAGGAAGGAGCUUCAAUUGCAGCCAUCCAAGACACCCACUUUGGCCAAGAACUCCCUGUACCUCAUGGAGAUGCUGCUACCCAAUAAAAAGGAUGUACUGAAUUUUCUGGACAAAGGAAAAAGGAGUCCUGUGCGGGAAGCCCGUGUUGUCAUCUUCUUUGGUGCCCAGGAGUACCCUAAUGUCACUGAGUUUGCUAUUGGGCCCCUGCCAUUGCCCAUCUACAUGAGAGAAAUACUUCCCAGGCCUGACCAACAUCCAUCCUGGGCAUCCAGACCUAUCUCCAAAGCAGAGUACAGCCUUAUUCUCUCUACCCUGAAGAAGGCCACUGAGCCCCUGAAUCAGUUCUUCCUUGACACUACUGACUACUCACUAAAGGACUGUGUUGAGAGUUGUCUGACUUUCACGUAUGUGGCCCCCCAUGGCACAAAGCCUGGCCAGCGCCGUAGCUGGUUUAUCUUGCAGCGUUAUAUGGCAGACCACUUCCUGCAGCCCACAGGCCUAGAGAUCCUUCUGGAUCACGGGAACAUUGAUGUCCAGCUCUGGAAAGUGGAGCAGGUCUGGUAUAAUGGCAAGCUUUAUGACAGUCCACAGGAACUGGCUCAGAAAUACGAGGGUGGAGAAGUGGACACAGUGGUCCUUAUGGAGUCACUGCCCAGGAAUCCGGAGCAGCCCCCACUCUUCUCUUUCUCCAGUACCCCAGAGGAAUUCCCCACCACCAUCAGCAUGGCUAGCCCCAGAGUGGCUGAGUCCCACCUCCCUCCAUAUAACAUAGAGGGCAACACAGUGUACUACAGAGACUGGAUCUUCUCCUUCCGUCUCCGACCCUCUUCUGGUUUACAGAUACUGAAUGUGCACUUCCGGGGUAUGCGUAUUGCAUAUGAAGUCAGCGUACAAGAGGCUGUGGCACAGUUUGGAGGACAUAUAACUGCAGGCAUUCGGACCAAGUACAUGGAUGUGGGCUGGGCCCCAAACAAUGUCAUUCACCGGUUAGUCCAUGGCAUUGAUUGUCCAGACGCAGCCACCUUCCUGGAAGUCAUACACCACUAUGACACUGACAUACCAGUCUCCUAUCCACAAGCUCUCUGUCUCUUUGAGAUGCCAGCAGGAAUACCAAUUAAACGCCACUUUAACUCCAACUUUAAAGUCGACUUCAACUCCAGUGCAGAGAUGAAGGGGUACAUGCUAGUGUUACGGACAACCUCAACAGUCCACCACUAUAAUUAUAUUUGGGACUUCAUUUUCUACCCUAAUGGGGCAAUGGAAACAAAGAUGCAAGCCACUGGCUUGGUCCAUGCUACCUUCUUCCAGCCCAAAGAGAUGAGCUACAUCUCUCAAUCACACACCCACCUAUUCAGCAACCUCCACACUCACCUUGUACAUUACCGUAUUGACCUGGAUGUGGCAGGCAGCAGGAACAGCUUCCAGACACUGAAGCCCAUUCAGGGAAACAUCACCAAGGACCUGAGACAUCAUGUAAUGAGAAACACCCUAAAGCAAACGAAUUACUCCCAGGAGCACCAGGCAGCCUUCCACUUCGGAAAACCACUCCCCACUUACCUGGUCUUUAGCAACCUCCAUAGGGCCCAUUUUGACCACAGGAAUAGCUACCGCCUGCAGAUCUACUCCAAAAUCCAACAGCUGGAACUACCAGGCUGGCAGAAGUAUCGAGGUCUCUCUUGGGCCAGGUACCCCCUGGCUGUGACCAAAUACCGGGACUCUGAGAGGUGCAGCAGCAGCAUCUACAGCCAGAAUAAUCCCUGGAACCCCCCAAUAGUCUUCAAGAGCUUCAUUCAGAAUAAUACGAACAUUGAAGACAAGGAUCUGGUGGCCUGGGUCACAGUGGGCUUCCACAACAUGCCCCAUUUUGAGGAUAGUGCCAACAUGACCACACUUGGGAACUCUGCAGGCUUCGUGCUCCGGCCCUUUAGUUUCUUCCGUGGCUUCUAGAGACACCCAGGUAUAAAAUCUACACAAUUGCAUCAGGCACUGGCUCCCUGAGGAUAGAGCCAGUUUGACACCUCCUCCCUUCAACCUCAACAGGACCUACAACCCUGUGUGUAGAAUCCCGCCCCAACUCCUGCUUACCAGCCCCAGAUCUGCACAAGGGUAGACAAUAAACUUUUCAGCUUCCACCCUUGAAUGCUGCUUCUUAGUGGCAGGGGAAGGGCAUGGGCCACACCCAGAUGGGUGACCAUAGUUACAUUUCAGCUGUCUACUGCCCCCAGAAGGACCUUAAUGACAAGGGCAGAGGAUACUUGAACUCUUUACCAGGUAAUUUUUCAACAUCUGGGAUGGCUGCGGGGUAAUGUU